AUGGGUGUGCCGGAUAAUGGCCCUGUAAUUGCUGGGGUAACGUGGAUGUUGACGAUAUUGAGUGGUGGGUUUUUGGCUUUAAGAUUCUAUGCGAAGUUGUCGAGGAAGCAGGGGCUUUGGUGGGAUGAUCAUAUCCUGACUGUCUCAUGGGUCCUCCUUCUUGCGCAGGCUAUCAUCACCCAAGUUGGGCAACAAAUGGGAUUCGGAAAACGACUGGAAGAUGUCGACCCUAAAUACCUCAUGACCAUCGCAGUCGGAAUGUCCGUCGCCGCAUCGAUAUCCUGCUUCGCCUCCACUCUGUCGAAGAUAUCCUUCGGCGUCACUCUCCUUCGUCUCACGUCCGGCUACCUACGCGGGUUCGUAUGGUUCUGCAUCGUGACCCUCUUCCUCAUAAUGCUGCCAAGUGCGCUGGCUACAUGGGUUCAGUGCCAGCCGAUGGCGAAAGCCUGGAAUAAAGACCUCCCGGGGACGUGCUGGGACUCUAGCCACUCAAUCGACUACGGUAUCUUCAACGCUGCGUGGUGCGCUGCGGCAGACUUUGCGCUAGCACUACUUCCAUGGUAUCUGAUAUGGGGAUUACAACUGAAGCUCCGCGAGAAGAUCGGAGUGGGCAUCGCCAUGAGCAUGGGUGUAUUAUCCGGUGUCUGCGCCAUCGUAAAAGGCAUCUACGUAAUCCAGCUCGGCCAAAAAGAUUUCUCCUACAACGGCAAGGAACUCACCAUUUGGACCGGCGUCGAAACCGCUACCGCCAUCAUCGCCGCUUCCAUCCCCGUCCUUCGCGUUUUCUUCAAGGAAACUAUAUCUUCUUACUCGCGCUCGCAUACCAAAACCAACCAAAGCGUCCCCUUGUCCCGGGAAAGAGGGGCGCUGGACGGUGAUUGA